GGCACUUCCUGAUAUAAGCUUGCGCCUCUGGUUGUGUCAUGCUACGGGGAAUUCGCUCUCAAAACAAGCCAAACAAAGAUCUUUCAGGCAGUCCUCCUCGUUUCCCCCCGAGCAGUUGAAAAAGCGACUUUUUCAGGCAGAGUGUAACCUUGGCAAACAAAAUGGACUACUGGAGUGCCUUAGAGGUGUACAAGGAGACUGCGCUGUUGUACAUCGAGGAGGCGCAGAGUUAUGUGAAUUCUCAGUGUGCUGGUCUGGAGCCAUGGCAGAUCAUUGCAGCCACUUUGCUGUCCACACUCGGGGUAGUAUGGCUAAAGGACUUUCUUUUCCAACAAGAGAGUCUGACGUCAAGAGUAAAGAAGCAAUUCUUCAGAAUCAUCAGAAAAAUCCCAUUUAUUGGAGCAUCAAUUCAGAAUCAGCUCAACAAAGCUCUGGAUGACAUGUCAAUGAGUCUGUGUACGCUGAAGGAGGGCAUGAGCUACACCAAACUCCUGCCAGCGCAGGGCCUCACCCACAAACAGCUCCUUGACAAGAUCAGGGAGUAUGAGACACUGAGUGAGGUGAACUGGGCGAAAGGCAAAGUCUCGGGUGCUGUUUACUGGGGGGAUGAGAAGCUCACAGAUCUCCUGGUGAAGGUGUAUGGGGAGUUUGCCUGGACCAACCCUCUCCACCCAGACAUAUUCCCUGGAGUUAGGAAGAUGGAGGCAGAAGUGGUGCGGAUGACAUGUGCCCUCUUUAAUGGAGGACCAGACUCCUGCGGCACAGUUACUUCAGGGGGAACCGAAAGCAUCCUGAUGGCAUGCAAGGCAUACAGAGACAUGGCUCAUGAACGUGGCAUCAAACACCCGGAGAUCAUUGCACCAAUCAGUGUCCAUGCGGCGUUUGACAAAGCAGCACAUUACUUUGGGAUGAAACUCAUUCAUGUACCGUUGGACAAUAAGACCAUGAAAGUUGAUGUGAAGGCCAUGAGGAGAGCCAUCACUAAAAACACAGCAAUGCUGGUUUGUUCAGCUCCUCAGUUCCCCCAUGGAAUCAUGGAUCCUGUAGAAGAAGUGGCAAAGCUUGCAGUAAAGUAUAACAUCCCAUUCCACGUGGAUGCAUGCUUGGGUGGGUUCCUGAUAGUGUUUAUGGAAAAAGCAGGUUUCAAGCUGGCUCCUUUUGAUUUCCGGGUCAAAGGCGUGACCAGUAUCUCAGCUGAUACACAUAAGUAUGGUUAUGCUCCCAAAGGCUCCUCAGUUGUGCUCUACAGCAACAGGAAGUUUCGCCACUACCAGUAUUUUGUAGCACCUGAUUGGCAGGGAGGAAUUUAUGCCUCUCCAUCCAUGGCUGGCUCUCGGCCUGGAGGCAUCAUUGCUGCCUGCUGGGCUACUAUGAUGCACAUGGGUGAGAAAGGAUACGUUGAGGCCACCAGGAAAGUUGUGGAAACAACUCGCAAAAUCAAAACGGGAAUCCGUAAAAUAGAUGGGGUGUUUGUAUUUGGGGAUCCAGAGGUGUCUGUGGUGGCUCUGGGCUCAGAUGAUUUUGAUAUCUUUCGCUUAUCAAAUGCACUGACUUCAAAGGGCUGGAAUCUCAACACUCUGCAGUUUCCAUCUAGCAUCCAUAUUUGUGUCACAAUGCUGCACACACAGUCUGGUGUAGCGGAGCAGUUCAUUAGUGACGUGAAGAAAGAAGUAGCCAUUAUUAUGAAGAAUCCGAAAGAGAAGACCACAGGAAUGGGAGCCAUCUACGGCAUGGCCCAGUCCAUUCCUGACCGAUCGAUGGUGACCGAGGUCUCACAGGGCUUUUUGGACUGCCUCUACAGCACUGAGGUGCCCAAGAUGCAAAACAAGCACCACAAAAACCACAAGAAUCACAUAAACGGCAACUCCAAAGUGCACUGAGAGGGACUGUCAGGGGCUCCAGCCUCAGCUGGCCGAAGGGAUGUUCACCACAAUCAUCUAUUCAUUCAUUUACUUCAUUCAGUAACUAACGAUUUCACUUAUAAGCCAUAGUCACCUGAUAUUGUGGGAUUUCGUGAUCUGGGGAGCGAAAAUAUCCUGUCUGUGACUUAAAAGAUGCUGCACAAGAGUCUGUGUGAGUCCGCGAAGGGCCUGGGACAUCUUAAUCUAAUUCUGAGUGCAGUUUUUCUUACUUUAUUGACCACCGUAUGUAUUUGAUCAUCAUUACUAUCGAAAGUGUUUUCUGCCGCUUAAACCUCAGGAUACAAAGGGCAUAAUAAUUAUUUGAGCUAUUCACAAACUGUUUUCCCACAGUUUCUGGGAUUUAAAUAAUGCAGGUGAAGAGAAUAGCGACGUCACAGAUAAACUGUGGUGUUUUUAUUGUUAAAUAUAUAUUCCCAAUAUAGUUUUAUCAUUAGAAACUUGAAAACAUGACCAACCAUUUUAGGGUGGUAGUACAGCUCAGGUGAACGUGUACUGCAAAUGUUUUAUUUAUUCAUUUUUUAAAUCCCCAUAACUAGCACAGAUUUUGAUAAUCCAAUCGCAAAACAUUCAGUGUUUACGUGAAAAGAUCGUACUGAUUUUAAACACAAUAUCAGGACAAAAUGUAACAAAAUCAAUCGACCAGGUUAUGAAGUUCACCUUAUUUUCUAUCUAAUAGGGUUUAUAUUCAUCACAUCACCCUAUCUACCUCAGAUCUUGUUCAGAUUGUUUCCUUUUGUCUCAAUCCUGAGAAAAGUCACCUAAGUGGACAUUUUAAUCAUCAGUCAAUGCCAUUCUCCAGAUUAUGGUACUGACAACGCUCUCCUUUUGAUUCGUGUUUGCGUGUUUUAUUCAUUUAAGGUCUUUUGUUCCAGCUCAGCUGAAUGACAGCAAGAAGGGAAAUUAAUUUGUGCAGGUCGAUGAAAUGAGGAAGUGAUGACAUGGUACCAUGGGAACAUCACACUAGAUCUUGUCAGCAAUUUAAUCCUUAAGCACUCAUCAUAUUUGUGACCACUGUGUGCGUUUUUAUAUUAUAAAUCACUAAUAUAAUGUCUCAUAUUUCAAUAUUGUUUGUAUUUUUAACUUGUACUUCUUGUGGGGGGCUUCAGGUAGGAGGCGGGACGGUUUUCUUUUUCGAAUGAUACCACUGUAGCACAGUGUAGUCUCAAAAACUGUAACAUGCCUUAGUUUAAGACUUAGAUGUGGAAGUUUGUCUUCAAACAGUUACCCUUCUUGCCUAUUGAAGCAUUUUAAUGUCUGUUUGCAAUAGUCUGUAAUUACUGUAACUACUGAAACUGAGGCACCUUGAUCGGAGUUUUUGAAGCAUACAUGACCUCUACGCUUGUAGUUGUUUAAAGCACAAAACUAACAGCAUUCACCUAAAUGCCUUUCGCAGACGUCAGGGUGUGUGCUAGAAGGAUAACAUAGUAGCGAUAUCAGCCUCAGGGACUAGGCCUUUACCACAUCAUGCGGUCCAUUUCAAUUUUGUCCUGUAAUGUUUGCUGUUCCGAUAUAAAUCAAUAAAUAUGGUCUUAAAAAUA